UCUGACGACAUUUUGGUAUUUUCUUACAUCAAUGGACAUCGAGCCGACAAGGAAGGAAUAUUUCUGAGUGAUGGAUGUUUGUUAAAUUUCCUUUUCUCAGCGCUGGCUAAGAAAAAGGAAAUAGUCUACACGAUCCCUCCACUCGACAGGAGAGGAUGGGUGUGAGGAAGGUCAUUUUCCCAUGUGACCUUCCUCACUGGAACAUUGUAAGCCAGCAGCUAUUACAGCUUCAGUUCUAUUGCCAAAGUUCUGGUGCUACACCUCAAGGGUUAGCCCAGCUCCACCAGCAGAUUUUCCUGCAGAUCAGAAGCAAAGGUCCACCGACCCCAUUCACCUACCAUGAAGGCACCAGCAGUAGUCAACCCAAGGAGCUGUCUACAGCUGAAAGUCAACCAUGUGUUUAUCAAGGCCUUGUGAUUUUCCUGGAACAAGUUGCUAGCAUCGAUGAAAAGGACUGCUUCCUGCACUUCAUCUUCCCUGCCGUUAUCGAUAUGGCCUGUAAUAUCAAGGAAUUAAUUCCACAGGAAGGUAUACCUCUCUGUCGGAAGCAGUGCACCAAAAGCAUUGCAGUCAGCCGUAACUUAAUGUCAGCCAUCAUUUCAUGUGCAUUUCUGUGCCUGUUUCCAGAGAGGAAGAAAGAGAAAACAUCGCGGCUAAAUAAUAUUAAUUUCUCUAAUUUCUUUCGCUACCUUCCUCUGCAAUCCCAGUGUGCCAAACUGCGUUGUAUUCUUCAUUAUUUCCGUAGAGUUGCUUCUGCUGGCCAGUAUUUCACUGGAGAAAUUGAAAUACAACGACAGGUAAUGGAACCACGAAAACGUCCAACUCUGGAAACCUGGAAGAAUUGCUCUACCAGUCUCUGUCCUAUUUAUGUUCGAGAAAAUGGUAAAACCUAUGAUGCCAGUAGUGCCACUUUAAAGAUUGGAUUUGCUAACAGAUUUCUUGGAGGUCACAUUUUAAGUAAAGGUAGAUGCCAGGAGGAAAUUAUUUAUAUGACCUGUCCUGAAUUGCUGGCCUCUACUCUCUUCAUGGAAGCUAUGGACGACAAUGAAGCCAUAACCAUUAAAGGCUUUGAGAAGUUCUCUGAGUUUUCUGGUUAUGGAGAGAAUUUGAAGUUCUCUGGAAACUACUGUGAUAAGGCUUCUCGGAAAUCUGAUGGCAAUCUGGAGACAAUGCUAAGUGCCAUCAAUACACUUCCGUACAAGUUUAACAAUCAACAAAAGCAAUACAUGGACCGAUACCUGUUGCGAGAUCUCAAUAAAUGUCUGGUUGGCUUUCAGCCAGCAAUAAGCUCACUAAAUCACACAUCUGCAGAUGAGGAUUCCUUUCUCAAUCAGGUUUGUGUCAACUCUGAGACACAAACUGUUACUACUGGAAUUGUAGAAGACCCCAUUCUUGUAACUAACGUUGAACCCAGCAGUCUAACGCCUCCCCAUAAAAGCAAUGUUGCAUCUAACACAGAUGAGAUUCUCAUUGCCAAUGAAGCAACAGAUGUUGAAGGGGAAAGAAAAGAAGUGAAAUUUGUCGAAGAUAUUGAUAGUUUUGCCAAGCGUUUAACAAAAGAAAUUCUCACCGAAUCUCUAUGUGAAUUGAACCCUCAGUGUACUUGUAAUAACUCUGAUGAUGUGGCUCCUCGUUUUGAUAAAGAAUUCAAGUCUAUAGCAAAGUUUAUACCAGAACAUUGUUCCCUGUAUGGCAGCGGGCUGUUGGCGUCUACCUUUGGUCAUACAGCAUCGAUGGAUUACUUGGAUGUUGAUUACCAUGACUGGAUCUCAAACUUUCGACGUCGAAGUUCAAACCUGAGUGAUUUGACAUCCCGUCGAAGUAGCUGCAGUACACGUUACAGCUCCUACAGCGACAUCAGUUCAGACUUUGAGGAAUUGUACGAAUCUUUCAUGAAACGAGAACUCACGACUCGUCCUGGUACGAUUCAUGAAGAAAUCGGCACAUACAAUGUUCAGGAUUUUGCUGCCAAUUUUAUAGAAAACCUACUCCAAGAGAGUGCUGCUAUUGUUUAUAAUACAACCGGUAUGCAGAACUUCCAAAAUAUUCACCUUCCAUCUAAUCUGCACAAACCUGUGCCAAUUAAACUUGGCCCUGAACCAAACAUCGAUCGUAAUGCCAAUGUCUCUUUUAUAUCAGAGGACACUGUCCAAGGUUAUGUGGAUCAUUUAUUUGAAGACAUCAAGGUGACUGUUGUUGAUUCAGAAGAAAUUUGUUUACAGUGUGAAAAUAAAGAACAACAAAGACAAUGUUCAUUUUUCAGCAAUUUAAGCACACUGAAUGAUCUUUCUGAUGCUAGCAUCAUGUCUGUUGAGCCAGCUUGUAACAUUUUCCGGCCAGCCAUACCACAGGCCAUCUACAGUUAUUCAGAUUACCUCUCAAAUGAAAUUUUAUGUGAUUCUCUAAACGAAAUAAGUACUCUAAAUAUUUCCUUUCUUGUCAGUUCGGUUUUAGCAUCCAACAGUGAACAGAAAACCUCUCCAUCGUCUACAGAGCUAGACUUAACUGCAGUUGCAGAUAAAUUAGUCAACCAAAUCUUUCGGGAAGCCAAAGCUAUAGUUAACUGCACUAACCCUUCCUCAGCUUCUUCCAGUCGACGACAAUCACUAUGGAGCAACUCUUCUUCAUUGUCUGGUUGGAUGAAUAAUAGCUUAUCGUUUGGAUGUUGGAUUAAUGAUUUAAGUUCAAACAUUCUCGACAGCAGCCUGAAAACAGCUCACAAAAUUAGUAUGUUUAUUGAUAGUAUUGAAUGCCAUGGUGUAAAAGCUGCCUAUACCUCAAGUAGUUGCCAAGGAGUUUAUCUCCCUGAUUACGACAAAUAUGCCUUGACUAUUACGAAGGAACUAUUUACAAAUGCUUUGUUAGAACUGCACGAAAACUACCUUAUUAACCCCUAUUACCGACAGCUGCUACGGUACCAAUAUGGGCCCAGCUUGCAGAAUAUGACUAGUGUUGAAGACAUGGACUGUUGUGGAGUUGGUUUUGACCACAAACUUGUUCCUCAGGAAGAUCUUGCCAAUUUCUAUAUGGAACUUGAGAGGCAAAGUUCUUUGAGUGAGCAGAAUAAAACAAUUGAACCAAGCAUGAGUGGAUUCCGCGAUAUUACACUUUCACAGUUUGCCGAGGAACUGAUGCGCGCUGAUGCAACGAGCCAGUCUUUGUUGAGCUUGCGCAAUAAUUGGCACCAGGAAAGUUUCCACAGCGGUAGUCUGAGUGGAUUUAAAGACAACACUUUGGCAAGUUUUGAGGACGAGUUGCUUAGGAGUCGUGUUGAUUCUCCAGAUUCCUUACUAUAUUUUGAUAUUAGGGACAAUUUCCAACAUCAAGAAUCAGUGAUCUCUCGAACUGAUAUUUCCGAUGACCCGACAUCUAAAGAUUUCAGUGAAAUCCAUUCUAUGUCUUUGGACAGUGACGAUAAUCUAUCAACAUUUGCUGAUCAGGUGUCAGAGGAAAUAAUGUACGAGUCUUUUGUAGAUAUUUUUGGAGUCAUUCCAUGUAACGUUCAGUUUAAAUCUAAUAUAUGCUUGCUAUGUCUUGAAAUGAUUGCCGAUGAAAUUGCCAAAAAUGUGAUCCAUGUUGCCAUUCUGACGUUGCAAAACCCUUCUUGCGACUACAGCGAAGAUUUAACUCUGAACUUUUCACAAUUUACUCAUCCAUGCUUGCAUAGAAAAUUUCCUGUAAUGUCUGUCAUCGAUUCCGAACCACAAAACAUUCCACCACCUCUAACUCUAAAUGACUUUUAUGAAAAUACUUCCAAAGAAAUCAUAGAAUCUGCUAUUUUAACCGUUUCUUCAUGCAGAGACAUUUACAAAAGUAAUUGUCGAGCGUUAGUCAGUUCAUGUGGAAUCCCUGGAUCAAAUCCCCAGCUUGAAGUUUUGCUCCAGUGGAUUGUUGCUUCAUACAUCCAAACUCCAGUUUUUAUAUGUUACACAAAGCAAAGUGAAAAACUUGUCAGGUUUCCCGAUGUGGUCAGCAUUGUCCAAGCAAAGUGCUGGACUGUUGGUGAUCUGAUGUGUACUGUACAUAAGUUCUGUAACCAGGCUCUUGAGCAGUUGGACUCUGAAGGAAUAAUUACAUUAGAUUUAUUCGAAGAAGUCCUCAUAUCUGCCCAUCGUUGUCGUCCUGUUCUUGAAAUGUCUCCAGAUGACGCCACUGUUAUUGCUGAAGUGCCUACAAGCGAUUCCACUGUUGUCAACCUGCCACUUGAAUAUGUCACCUCUAGCAACAACAACAACAAUGAUGAUGAUAAUGGUAAUGUUGUUCCGGCUGUAUCCGAAAAUGACCAAAUCCUUCCUACCACUCUCCUCCCUUCUGAGAGUGAUACAGUAAUUGAUGACGAUCCUGACUGAAUUCUUGCAGGAAUGGAUUGGGAGUUUUUAAAAAAUUGUCACUGAUAGUCAGAGGUUAAAUUUUUUUUAUCAGUUUUUUUUUUUUUUUUUUUCACCUUCCCACUGGCUCUGUUAUGGUUGCUGCUUCUCAACUUCUUCUUUCUGAAAGUACCAAGAUGCUAUAAAGAAAGAAAGAAGAUAUAGAACCAAAACAAAUAUGAAAGCGAAGAACCACUUUGUAUGUUCAUCUUUGUUAUGGAUGUCCAUUUUUUAGAGUAGGAGAGAUAGACUGGAGUUGUUGCAAUAAGGAUGGGCGUAUACUGUUUACCCCGUCCUUGAUGUGUUGCUUAAGAUUAUUCUGUUACCUUUUGGGCGAAGGUACGUUGCUGCUGUUGCCACAGAAUGUAUUGUUUUUUUUUUUUCUUUUACUGUUGAAAAUCCCUGCCGAGUCAUUGUUUCCUGAAUCCAGUUGCCAGUAUGGUUGCAUUUCAAGAUAAAGAUCCUGUAAAUGUUUGAAAAAGAAGUGUUUAAGUUUGCGAACCAAAUUUGUAUGAAAUCUUACUCUUGUCAGUAAUGGAAUGCUUUCAACUGAAAGUUCAAAAAGGGAAAAAAAAUGGUUGGUACCAACAACCAGAAUGUCUACUUAAAUGUUUGUUUACCAAAAGCCUGUGUAUAGUAAAACAAAAUACAAAAAAAAAAAAUCUGAAGAAUUAACUUUCUAUUUUCUUAAUAUGUUUAUUUAUUAUUUUGUUAUCUUUUAUUAUUUGAGUUUAGUGAACGAGAAUAUAGUUUUGUUGAUCUUGUUUGUGUCUUGGACUAAUUCUUGCUGCCAAAAAUGGUUGUUUUGAAUAAACACCUCUUCUCCCAUUCCAAAAAUAGAUGAAAAAAAAAAUGUAAAAAAAAUUGCAAAAUUUGCUAUUCAUAAAAUAUUUUGGAUUAUUAUCACCUGACUAAUUAAUGCAAGUGAUAAUGAUGAUAAUAAUUGUGGAGAACUAUCAUAGAAUUAAAAAACAAAAAAUAUACAUAUAUUUUGCCUGUUUUUUUUUUUUAAUUUGUAUGUUUUAUGAUGUGUUUUCAUGAGUCAGAACAUGUCUAUCACUUCUUAAAAGGCUACAUUUAAAACUAGGCAGUGAAAUAAUUUAAGCUGUUUUGUGUCAUCUCAACUUGAAAAAAACUUUUUUUUUAAAUCAACCCUUCCCACAAAAAAAAUUGAACUAAAUUAAACUAAAAUAAAAAGAAAAACAAUAAAAAUUCUUACCAAAAACGAAACAGCUGAUCAGAGGGAAAUAUUAGCUGCUAGCUGAAACUAUUUUAUUUCAUCUUCUCUCUCUAGUGUCUCGUUUAAAACCCAGUUGUAUUAAUAAAUGUUUGUAAUUGUAAAA